GAGUUUUAUAAAAUUCUUAUUUUUUUGCUUUCCCGGAUGCCAUCCAUCGCCUUGGCAUGAAAUGCUCCACUACUUAAAUCUCUGCGCGCUCGCCUGUGGCUCUUCUCGCCAUGAUCGAUCGAUUCGAUCGAAAUGCUGCCGCUGCUCCUGGCGCUCUUGCGAUCUUUGCUCGUAAGCGGCGCUCCUUUUCCUCAGCACCGCUACGAUGUUCCUGCGCUCUUCGUCUUUGGCGAUUCCUUCGUCGACUCCGGGAACAACAAUUUCUUCAACACCUCCGCCAAGUGCAAUCACCCGCCGUAUGGGAUCAACUUCGAGGGCCGGCGAUCCACGGGGCGAUGGAGCGACGGGCUCAUCGUCACAGACUACAUUGGUAUCGAGAUCUCUCAUCUUGUUCUUCCAUUCUUGCUUCUCUCAAGAACGCUUUGCUGGACAGCUUCGUUCCUGGGACUCCCAUAUCCUCCAAACUUCCACGACAAACGCGCCAACUUUAGCACCGGGGCCAACUUCGCGUCCGCCAGCGCUGGGAUCUUCAACACCACCGGCCUGGUAAGGAGAAGAAAAGCCAUGAUCCAAUCUCACGAACUUUGUCCUCCACUCGAAGCAAGGCAUCCGGACGUUUGAGCAGCAAAUCGGCGACUUCGAGCAGC